AUGUUUUGGCGCUAUGGCGGGUAUGCGAAUAUUUCGCCCAUUAAUACACUGCUGGAUAGGCCGGAUGUCACUCUUGAGGAGGUCCUGGAUGAGUCGGAGCUGUUACAUGAGAUGAAACAGCAUAAUUCAAAGUUGACAGAAUUCAUCCGCGAAGACCACGUUCUGAAACGUAUGCUAGAAUACAUUGUUUCGCCCAGCCUUUUGGUUGAUGACGAUGAAGGAGAAGAGCCGGAAGGAGAUGGAAGAGGCCCCGAUAAUGGGAAGACAUCAGGGAACGCGGUAUCGGUCCACGAGGGUAGCAAAUAUAAGGCAGUCGCUCGCCGCCGGUCGGAUAGCUUAGGCCCAGACCAGGACCUGGAAGAGCUGGAAAAUGCUGAAAAAGCCCGACUUAAGUAUGCAUAUAUCUCUUCCGAGAUUCUCUCUGCGCCUUCCUGGUCAAUAAUCGAGGCGAUGAUGCAAUAUGAAGAGUGUCUUCGAAACUUCUGGGGGUUUUUGCGGGGCAAAGCACCACUUGAUUCGCUACAAUCGAGCUAUUUCUAUAAAGUUAACGAAGUGUUGCUGGAUCAGAAGACACCGGAAAUGCUUAGCUUUGUCAUGUCCUUAGAUGGCAUUAUUGAGACAAUGCUAAGGCAUGUAGAUAACCCGUCAGUGAUGGAUUUGCUUCUGAAAAUCAUCAGCUUAGACAAGCCUGAAAAUGGUUUGGUUGUGACAGAGUGGCUCUAUUCAAGCGGCUUCAUGCCAGCCAUCAUAUCCUGUAUCUCUACCGAACAUUCCGCUUCCACGCAAAGCUCUGCUGGUGACUUUAUCAAAGCACUCAUUACAAUUUCUGCAAAUGCUGCUCAAAACGAACAGCCAUGCAUUGGACCGAAUAGUCUUACUCGCCACCUAGUGUCAGAACCGUGUCUACGAAAGCUGAUCUCAAUAAUGCUACAAGGAGGAAACCCUCUGACGGUGGCUGUAGGGGUCAUAGUUGACAUUAUUCGUAAGAACAAUCCGGACUAUGAUCCUGAGCCACCGGAAGGCAGAGACGCGAGACCCUCCAACCAUGACCCUAUUUACCUAGGCACGCUUUUACACUUGUUCGCUGACCAUGUUCCCGAUUUCAUGGAGUUGAUUCUCAGCCCAAAAAAGACAGUUAGCGAGGAUGGUAUACACAAGAUCAUUGAGCGAGGUCAUUUAAGCACCGCUUGGGGAUCAAAGGUUGAGCCCCUUGGAUUUGAUAGAUUCAAGACGUGCGAGCUCAUGGCAGAAUUAUUACAUUGCAGUAAUAUGGGCUUACAUAACGAGACAGGAAGCCAUGAAUACAUGCAAAUGCGAAACAAUGAACGGGAACGUCUACGAAAUCAGGGAGGAUUUUUUCGACAAGAUGAAGACUCUGGUUUUACAUACGCUGAUAACACUAAUGAAUUCGGGGUCGGAGCAUCACCGUCGGCAUUGGGUUCCGGCUCGCCGGAUGAAAUUAGACGGAUGGACAGUUCCAACACGGGAGAAGACGAUGGUUUUGAAGAUGUUGGGUCAGCUAGUGUCCUUCUUGAGGCAAAAAAUAUCCCCGAAGACACUAAAGAAGAGGACGGGGCGUUCACACAUGUGCCCAAAUUGGGAGUGCGCGAAGACUUGGUCGAUGAACCACUUACUCCUCCUCGUUCCGAAACAGUGAAACCAGAAUCGCCUUCGUCAGCCAAAGGACCGAUAUCGCCCACGUCUUCUGGAUUAACUGAGAAAGUACGGGCUUUCAGCAUCGAACCAAGCGGUCAAGGCCUCUCCGAGCAGAUUACAGAUAAAGGAGUGGAAAAUAAAGUUGGGGAUACGAGUCACCACCAGGCUCAAUUUUCACAGCCAAACCAUCCACCUACUCCAUCAUCAUCAAGCUUAGCCCAAGCAGGUAGCGUCCAAAGCACAAGUCCCACCCCGACAGAAAACGCAGAAGGCGAUUCGGAGGACUCGAUUUUAUCUGCCGAACAACUCCUUUCGGCGACCGAGAUGGAAAAUUUUAACCAGUAUAUCCAGAAGGAUCCCGAUGGUCGUCCCGUGGUUGGCGAUUAUUUAAAAAUAAUGUUUUAUAAGCAUCGUGUAUUGCCCACGAUAUUGUCUUUUUUCUUUCGCUUUCCUUGGAAUAACUUUUUGCACAAUGUUGUGUACGAUGUUAUUCAGCAAGCACUUAACGGUUCUAUGGAACAAGGAUUCAAUCAGGUCCUAGUUGUCGACUUAUUCGAAAAUGCUCACAUCCCAGCGCAAAUCGUAAAGGGUCAGCGUGAAAAUGAUGAGGCCGAAGCAGCGAAUAAGACAAGACUAGGAUAUAUGGGACAUUUAACGCUCGUUUCUGAGGAGGUUGUCAAGUUUACAGAACGUCUUGGCCCAGAAUCACUACCCAAGGCAAUAAUGAAGACUGUGUUGCACCCUGACUGGGUCAAUUUUGUUGAAGACACACUUGCCGAAACUAGAGAGCGUGACAAUGCCAUACUAGGGGGCGUGAAGCCAGAUAUGUCCAUGGGCCAUCGACAAGCGGUUCUCAACGCGAUCGGCGGUGGACAGGGACUUGGCACAUCUUCAGCUUUAUCCAACGCUGGCCUCAACGGGGGCAUUCCCAGUUCUGGCUUCGAUGGCUUGAAUUUCUCGAAUCAAGGCACAGUCUCGGGCGGCGUCUUGGGUUAUGGAGCCGGUACCGCUUCAUUGUUUAGCAGCUUCGGUAGCUCGAGUGAUGACGAAGACGAGGAGAUGGAAGACUCCGAAGAUAUGCAUCGGGGCUUCCAAAGCGCCGAUAUCAACGGGAUGGACUCUGAAAAUGUGGGUGCAACUGCUUUCGAAGAUGUUGAUAUGUCGGAUCAAUGA